AACAAAAAGCCUCCUGGCUGUGGCUUGUGAUCCCUUGUGGCUGGAUAUUGCUAUCAUCUACAAUUGACUAGAAUAUGCCAGGACCUAACAAUGAGCUCCAACAGCACAGACCCUGGCCUCUUCCUUACUGCCAUCACUUUAACACCCGCUGCAGGAGCCUACCCACAAUCCAAUGCUCUCUACCAAGGACAAACUGGAGGAAGCUCAGGGUUUGUUUACUCCAUGAGCAGCCUGGAUGACAACUCCUCUUCAGCUAACAGACUGUGGAACAACACCACACAAGUCCCCAAUGGGGGCCCAGACAUCUUUGACCCUUUGGGGGGUCACCAGUUGUGGCAGGUGGUUUUAAUCGUCCUGGUCACAGGGAUGCUCUCACUUGUCACCAUAAUUGGCAACAUCCUCGUUGUUGUGUCAUUCAAGGUCAACCGCCAGCUAAAGACAGUCAAUAACUACUUCCUGCUGAGUUUGGCUGUAGCUGACCUCAUCAUUGGGGUCAUCUCUAUGAACGUGUACACAGCUUUUUUGGUGAUGGGCUACUGGGCCAUGGGAAACUGGGCAUGUGAUUUAUGGCUCGCUAUAGACUAUGUGGCCAGCAAUGCCUCAGUAAUGAACUUACUGGUCAUCAGCUUUGACCGCUACUUCUCCAUCACCAGACCUCUGACCUACCGGGCCAAACGGACCACUAAGAGGGCAGGGAUUAUGAUCGGGUUGGCCUGGUUUGUGUCUCUGGUGCUGUGGGCACCAGCUAUUCUGCUCUGGCAGUUUUUUGAGGGAGAGAGGACAGUACCCUCACAUGAAUGCUACAUUCAAUUUUUAUCUGAGCCCACAAUAACGUUCUGCACAGCCAUGGCAGCCUUCUAUCUGCCUGUGACAAUUAUGAGUGUUCUGUACUGGCGAAUUUACAAGGAAACUCAGAACCGCUCUAAAGAGCUGGCUGGUUUGCAAGGGUCUGUUGGACGUGGUGCCAUUGGACAAAAAAGUGGGAAUGGUACAGGAGAGAAGGCCCAUUUUGUCCAUCAAACAGGAAGUGGGCGAAGCUGUGGCAGCUAUGAGCUUACCAGAAUGUCCCGGAGAAAAAGUGCAUGCAGAGAGCUGGUUGGUCGCCUACACUGUUGGCCUGGAGUUCGAUCCUGGAAACCUGGUAGUAUCAGACAUGGAGAGGGGGACCCGGAUCAGAGCAGCAGUGACAGCUGGAACAACAAUGAUGCUGCCAUGUCCAUGGACCAGUCUGGCUCAUCAGAGGAGGAGGACUGUGGAGGGAAAGAAAUGCUUUCCCAGAGUCACACCAUUUUCUCCAUUGUCCUUAGUCUUCCAGGGAUUAAGGCUGCGGUCAACUCCCAGCUCACAUCAUGUGAAGAUUUAGAUGCUGUGUCAGAGGAGGACCCCCUGAGGGGCGCCGAGUACAGUCAGGACAGCCUCACAAGGGCCACAACAAACACCACAACGUCAACCACUUCAGAUGGGGCUAUCAGCACAAACAACAGUUACCACCAACGCUUCAUGGCCCGUAAGAUCCAGUCAAUGCCCAGCAUUCAAGCUAAUGCCAAUACAAACUUGUUAGACGGUCAAACAACCACUGCCAAUGAUUCUUCUACCACCAGCAUGACCACAAAAUCUCCCUCUGUCCCAAUUUCAUUCAAAGAGGCAGCUCUGGCAAAGCGCUUUGCAGCCCGAGCUCGAAACCAGAUCACCAAGAGAAAGCGCAUGUCCCUGGUUAAAGAAAAGAAGGCAGCUCAGACACUAAGUGCCAUCCUGUUUGCAUUCAUCAUCACGUGGACACCUUACAACAUCAUGGUGCUCAUCAAUGCCUUCUGUAAGGGCUGCAUCCCUGGUGUGCUGUGGGCGGUGGGCUAUUGGCUGUGCUAUGUCAACAGCACGGUCAACCCCAUGUGCUACGCCCUCUGCAACAAGACGUUUCGGACCACCUUCAAGAUGAUCCUCCUGUGCCAAUGGGACCAGAAGAAGAGGAGGAAGCAGCAGUUUGAACAGAGACAGUCUGUAGUCUUCCACCGGAGGAUUCCACGAGAGUCCACGUAA